UUUUUAAAUAUAUAAAAAUGGUAAGUUUUAAGGGAGCUGUGUUUGGAGUGGAGGAAGAAAGGGGCAAGCAGGAGGGGUGGGUUCUGAGAUGUGGGGGAGAUGGAGGGGGUGACUAGAGGCUGGACAGAGCCUUUGGGGGUAGGAGUUCUCAUUCAUCAGUGUUUCGGUUGUUGUGUAGGGGAAGUACGUUUCUGUCGGACUUCUGGAAAAACAAAUGUUAUUUAUUUAAUUGAUGGGCUUGAAUAGUGUUCUAAUCAUUAUUGGUAUAGUUGUGCUCAGUUAAGUUUACCUCAAUGCCAUACAUGAUGUUUGUGGGACAGAAGAACUCAAAGGUAACUGACAAUCAGAUUCGCUCACGAAGUGGCACCUUCUCCACUUCAAGUAUGUAUCACAGAUUGUUUGCUUUAAAGGCCCAGAUGGCUAGUAGAAGCAAGGCUUUCUUCGUUGGAAGGAAGGACUAACAAAUUUCAUAUAAUAUACUUUCAAAGAUACUUCUCAUCGUACA